AUGAGACUUGACGAGAAAUACAAUACUUUGGAAGAGCAACUGACGGCAGAAUUAAUUACUACGGCUUCAAUUGAAAAUGAAAUAUCUGAACGCAAAUGGAAGCUGAAACGUCGAUUUUUCAUCUUUUCCACUGUAUUCAGUAUCUUCUGCUUCAUCAUCUUUAGCCAGCUUGCUGCUUCUAAUACUUCAGUUACAGGUAUACUUAGUGAGGAUAUACAACAGCAACAACUUUAUACUGUAUUGCAUACUGGUUUCCCACCUACUACAAAAUCCAGAAUUUCCGGUUUAAACGUCGAAGCUAGUAAAGCUGCUGCUAUUGCCUUUAAGCCCAAUCCUGCUGCUGCUAAUGAAAAGAAGAACGGCUUCAUUUCUCAACAGGGUGCUUCUACUGCUCAAUAUCACGUGGAUUCUAUUGAUAAUAAUGAAGGCUGGUGGGAUCGAUUGUUUCCUCAAAAUCAUGUGCAUCUUUCUUUCCUUCAAAUUCCUGUUCUUCGCACGCUGACGUCAAUCGAUAAUUCGUGUUCAUGUUUCUUUUCUUCCGAACGUCGUCCUGUCAAUAAUACAAUAGAAGCUUCUUUGUCUAUUUGCGAAUCAAAGAAAGAACGCUUUUGGAGUAAGCAGCAAAUACCUAAUCUGGAUCAAUGUGUGGAUAGUGUAACAGUGCGUACUAUAGUAGACGAUGACGGCGUUGAUAAUGAUGAAUAUAGUUACUUGUUUAGUGUACUUGAAUGGGCUCCUACUACCGCAGCACCUGUCGUUUUGAGAAAAACCAAACUUUAUUGGCUUGUUGUAAGAACGACUACUGAUGAAGAGCUAUUUGAGUGGAUUUAUGUUGAUGAACGCGGCAGGAAAGAGCAAGGGUUUAAUGAAGGUCCUUACGAUAUUGUGUAUCAGAAUGAGCUUGGUUGGGAGCAUAAAUUUAAUGAUGAACCGAUUCCUAGUGUUAUGAUUCGUGUUGAAGAACAUCAUCAAUGA